AUGUCGGUUCCAGGAUCCAGAGGGAUCCAAUUGACCACCCUUCCUGCUCAGACUGUGGGGAGGGAUCCUCUCGGUCAUUUGACCAACUGGCUCGCCUGUAAUUUACACAGGAGAAAGGCCUUUCACCUGCUCAGACAGUGGGAAUGGAUUCACCCGGUCAUCGCAACUGAAGGUACAUCAGCAAGUUCACACUGGACAAGGCCAUUCACCUGUUCUGUGUGUGAGAAGGGAUUCAGUCGGUCUUCCCACCUGUGGACACACCAAUCAGUUCACACCACACCGGGCAGAGGCUGGUCAACUGCUGAAUUUCUGGGAAAAGGAUUCACUCAGUCAUCUGACCUGAUGGCUCACCAGCGAGUUCACACUGGGGAGAAGCCGUUCACCUGCUCAGAGUGUGGGAAAGGAUUUACACAGUCAUCUACCCUACUGGUACAUCAGCGAGUUCACACUGGAGAGAAGCCGUUCACCUGCUCAGUCUGUGAGAAGGGAUUCACUCAGUUAGCUACCCUACAGAGACACCAGCGAGUUCGCCCAGCGGAGAAGCCAUUCACCUGUUCAGAAUGUGGGAAGAGAUUUACUCAGUCAUCCCACCUACAGAGUCAUCAGCGAGUUCACACUGGGGAGAAGCCGUUCACCUGCUCAGUCUGUGAGAAGGGAUUCACUCAGUUAGCUACCCUACAGAGACACCAGCGAGUUCACACUGGGGAGAAGCUGUUCACCUGCUCAGUCUGUGAGAAGGGAUUCACUCAGUUAGCUACCCUACAGAGUCACCAGCGAGUUCACACUGGGGAGAAGCCGUUCACCUGUUCAGAAUGUGGGAAGAGAUUUAAUCAGUCAUCUAACCUACUGGUACACCAGCGAGUUCACACUGGGGAGAAGCCGUUCACCUGCUCAGAGUGUGGGAAAGGAUUUACACAGUCAUCUGCCCUACUGGUACAUCAGCGAGUUCACACUGGGGAGAAGCCGUUCACCUGUUCAGUCUGUGAGAAGGGAUUCACUCAGUUAGCUACCCUACUGAAACACCAGCGAGUUCACACUGGGGAGAAGCCGUUCACCUGCUCAGUCUGUGGGAAGGGAUUCUCUGACUCUUCCACCCUUCUGAUUCAUCAGCGAGUUCACACUGGGGAGAGGCCGUUCAGCUGCUCCGAAUGUGGGAAGGGAUUCACUCAGUCAUCCCACCUACGGAGUCACCAGCGAGUUCACUCCGAGGCGAAGCCAUUCACCUGCUCAAUUUGUGGAAAGGGAUUCACUCAGUCAUCUACCCUGCUGGUACAUCAGCAAGUUCACACUGGGGAGAAGCCGUUCACCUGCUCAGUCUGAGGGAAGGGAUUCACUAAUUUAUCCAGCCUUCAGAGACAUCAGCGAGUUCACACUAGAGAAAGGCCAUUCACCUGCUGAGAAUGUGGGAAAGGAUUCACUCAGUCAUCCCACCUACUGGCACACCAUCAGUUCACAAUGGGGAGUGGCCAUUGUUAUGAAUCUCUAGGUUUUGUUUGCUGUGGAGAGAGAGAGAGAGAGAGAGAGAGAUUAAGAAGGCAAAUGUGUCUGACUUGCAGCUUGUUUACAUCGCGUGCAGCUUGUUUAGUUUUAACCGAGGACACAGACAGAUAGAGACAAAGGAGGAAAAAUGGAAGAAUUGAAACCAGGGAACUAGUGGCCAAGGGUCACUGUUUGGAACCUUCCUUCGCCCACAAGGGUGGACAAAUUAUCGAUUCACCAUACAUCGAAUGUGUGGUUGUCAUCUCAUUUGAUCCAUAGCAGAGGAUCUGAUUUGGGGUAUCCUGUGGAGACCACUUAUGUGUUAACCCUUGCCUGGCUGUGGUGUGGUAGUUCACUUGAAGAUGAUACCCCUUAUGACAAGUCACUUCGGGUGAUAAUUAGUAUGUGGAUUUGGAAGGAUGACAGAUAAAAUCUACAGCGACUGUUGGUCUCGUUUUACCACCAUGGAACCUGUGGAAUAUGACAUAAUGGCCUUCUCUCAACAUUUACCCUGGAUUACAAAUAUCUCUCUCUCAUCACUUAUUCUGUAGUUGAACUGAACUUUCAUACUUUACCAUCUCAAGACUCCAAGCCUUGUUUCCCCCGAGCUCAAUAGUUUGGGAGUUUUAUUUCUACAGAUUUAUACACAUAACACUCAUGAGGAAAUCUGUAGAUGCUGGAAAUUCAAACAACACACACAAAAUGCUUGUGGAACCCAGCA